UUCCAUACCACAGGUAUAUUCUUAUGAUGUAUUUCCUCAAUGGGGAAACGUCGUGAAUAAUUGUAUACUCUAAUUUUGAGGAGUGAAUUAAUUAAUUCGCAAUGAUGCAAAAUGAUUUUACGGAAAUUAACGAAUUGGGGUAUCAAACACAUUUGUACAAUGAAAACAAACAAGUUUCAAGAUUAGAUCUUCUGUCAACGCUGAUACUGUAUUACACCUAGCUGAUCUACAAGGAUUUUUUUUAAUGUUACCGCCCAAAAUAUUGCCCUAGUUAUGAAGUUACCAGAAAAAUCAAGCAAACUAUUCCUCCAAAUUCCAUCCAGUCCAGGCUCACAAUCAGUAGAAAGCAUUCAACGAAAAUUAAAAAAAUUACGACACUUUUAUAAAUUAUUUUGUUCUUUAUCAAUGACCACUCAUUUUUUUGCACCUGUAAUAUCGGUAGAUAACAGAAUAUGAUAUGGAAAAUAAAAUUGCUUUCAACGCCUACAGUGCAGUAACUUAAUCAUGACCUGAAUAGUCUGAUAAACAUGUAGCCGGUUGUAGAGCUAAUUUUACCGGCGUUCAGUCGACUGUAUGAAUUAAAAAAAUGCCAAAAAAAUAGGUAUUUCGAAUUUCGUUUUGAACAGCGAUAACCUCCAUAUAUUUCAAUACGGAUUAACCAUUUAAUUGUGCAAGCAUAAUUUGUAAUCGCUAAUUUUUCCAUAUAUGGCCGACCCUCCGUCAAGCUUUUUUUCUUUCAUGCAUUUUGAGGUAUGUUUCCACUAGUCCACGGAUCGUCUUCCCAUGAAUCACCGUCGUCCACAUUUAUUCCGAAAAAAGUCAUUUACCAGCAAACUCUUUGAGCGACUUCCGCUAUGCAUUCACGAAAUUCCCAUCUAAAAUGAGUAAGAGUUGAACUCAUGAGGAAAAAAUUAAACUUAUACAAAGUAACUUUAAAACUAUCAAUUAUGACAGAAAAGUUUCUACCCAUCGGUAUAGUUUGAUCUGACAGAAAAGCUGAAGAGGAGGAGAGAAAGAUCACCUGGUCUCUCUAAUUCCUUCCUGGCUAAGCUCAAUAGCUGUUUGAUUACAUCUUAAAAAUGGGUUAUGAAGGUAUACUAUGAAGGAAUACUAUGAAGGUAUAUUAUGAAGGUAUGUAUGUAUAGUAAAUAGUCACAAGUACGUACCGUGUUAAAAUAUUAUUGAGGAUUGCGGAAAACGUUCGACCGCUAGCUAGAAAUUCCACAUCCGUUUGUCCAUUUCCCUCAGCUGUCAUCCGCGUUUCCAUAUGAAAGAUGCAUGAAUAAAACCCGCACGCUAAAGUAACGGCUGCAGUUGAUUAGGUCCGUUCGUUGACGCGAGUAACAUUAUAGAAAGUUGGCUUGAUUCUGAAUUUGAAAAUUUGUAUCCACGAGAAAUCCGUAAUUCCUUCAUGUUUGUUGGGAAUACAAUAUCUAAAGAAGAAAAAUUACAAAAAAUGUCACCCAUCUCUUUGAAAUUUUUAAUUAUUGCGACUACAUCUGUUUCGGCUUGUAAACAUGCAGAGCUCGAUGCGGAGCAUCACGCAACGCAUUCGAAUGGUCAACAUGAGGAUCGUAAUACCGCUUUCCAAGAAGUUGAUUGUUCCGAAGUGUCUCUUUUAGUGGACGAGACAUUGAGAAAAAUCGAAUGUAACGAACCGCGAAUUCGAGACGUGCAACUGAUUCCCCCGUCAGGUUGGAGAUAUGAGCCGGAGGUUGUCGCCGUAAAAAGGUGUUACGGCAAGUGCUCCUCUGGAACGAUCUGCCUACCAAAAGAGACGGGGAAAACUAAAGUUGCUGUCGAGGCGAUAUAUGACGAAUCUAAUACUCAAAAAUGCAAUAUUGUUGAAGUCGAGGAACACUACAAAUGCGGAUGCGAUUGCCCGAUAACGGUGAAACAACAAUGUAACGCGAAGCAGAAAUACGUCCCAAUCAGAUGCGAAUGUGUUUGCAAGGAUGCAGAUAAAAAAAAAUAUGAAUGUGAAUCUACUAAAAUUAAACACAUGCAACAUGUGAUAUAUGGAGAAAAGUUGAUGACGUGGAACCCCAAAAACUGUUCCUGCGGCUGCAGCAACAAGUUGAAAUCGAUCGGAAGAUAUAUGUGCUCAACAGGUCGCGUGUGGGAUCCCAAAAAUUGCCAAUGCAUAAGACCCGAAUAAUUGACGGGACCCGUACCCCAUCGGUAACGGUAUUUCCAACAACGAAUUGGAUUUAUGUGACUAACCUUGUUCAUAUUGGAUUCUUGUUUUUCUUAUUUCUUCUUACGCAAAGAAAGUAUAGUUAAAAAUUUGGGAUCAAAAUCCGAAAUUGGGGUGGUUGAAUCCCCUCGGAAUAUCGUUACCACUGCACAGCAUGCUCUAAUAAUAAUCAUAUACAUGCAUGAAAUGAGCUGAUGCUGAUUUAUAUUUCGUUUUUUUUUCUACCUUUUAAUUUGUAUACUAACACAUGUACAUCGUCAUCAUCAAUCAUCAAUCAUCAUCAUCAUUAUUCUCUUAGUCGUCGUCGCAUGAUCACAAUAAAAAUAAUCAUACACUAAUUUAUUCCCCAUUGCAGGGUGUUCAAUUUCAACCUAUCCGCAUAAUUAUAUUGUUAUAUCUUAAAUAUAUGUAUAGUUCCGCAAAAUCUAUAGCUUGUAGUGAAAAAAUUAUCUUCUACCGUAAGUAUAGAUAAUAUUUAAUCUUAAAAGUCGACAUUUAUCGAAGAUUUUUUAUCAAAUUUUCUAAAACUCAAUCGAUCCAUUGAAAUAUACGCAUUUUUUCCAAAGACGAUCAGGUUAAAAUCAGAUACCCUGUAUAUGGUUAUCAGUUGAAUUCGAUACCUACUUAGGAAUAACAAAAAAUAAAGAAAGAGAUACAAAAAGCUUUCUUUGUUUUGAAGAGGCAAAAAAAAUCGUAACCGCUGUAACUAUUAUAGGUAUCGUGGUCGUCUUUAUUAUCAAUGAGACUACCGCAGUAUAAAGGAGCCGUCCCACUGAAAUCUAAUUAUAAUUUCGAUCUACUUUUAUCACCUACUUUUGAAAUUCUCGUCUAAUCUACAUCGCGCACUAAAAUUAUACACAUUUUUUAUUAACCUGUUUCGAAAUAUCGUUGACAAAUCAAUUAGCCCGCUCCAUCGUGCGUUUUCCAAGAAAAGGGAUUAUUAUUAUAUAAGUAGGUUGUUUUUAUUGGUUUUCGUUUUGUCUGUUUUACCAUUCAAUAUAGGUAUAUGGGUGGAUUUCUAAGAAAGCAUUACGUGGAAAGUCCCGUGUGACAUGAUUUCAAAUUAUUUAAUACUAAUAUUGUACGACGGCUAUGACAAACCGUCUACGUGUAAAACUUCAUUAAAAAAUUUGUCCUUCAUUUCAUUUUCCUCUGAUUCGUUCAUUGGUUCUUUAUUUUUUUAUUGCUAUAAUGUUGAUUGUAUAAUAUGGACUGUUUAUUUCGUAUGAAAUAUUGUGAUCAUUUAUAGAAAAAACGAUUUCAUACGUGAUAAAAAAUAAUUACCUAGCCCCUCUUCUGAGGUUUCAAUAGAAUUGUCAUCGAAAUUUCUUUGAUUUUAUUCCCAACGCAAUGCAAGUCGUGCGACAAAAUUGAUUAUGAAGCAAAUUUGUAAUUCUACUACAAAGUUCAGUGGACACCUCUAACUAGAUUCUGAUUUCCAUUGUUAGUUUGUUUGACUUCUUUUUCAAUCUUUUUUUCACUCGUACAACUAUAAUAUAGUUAUUGAUGAUAGCAGAAUGCAACAACGUACAAAAAUGAUUGAAAUUUCUUGUAAAAUUUGUUUUCAUCUAUAUUUCUUAAUUGAAAUCUUUAUCGCAGUUUAACGUGUAGAUUGUUUAUUGCAGCUGAUCAUGUGUGUGUGUGUG